AUGUUAGACUUGAUGAGCUUAACCGAUCAUUCUAUCACUAAAAUCACAAAGAAAUGUGAUAAAUUGCAGUUUUUAGAUAUUGGUUUUGGCGAAGAUAUUAUCAGUAAAUCAUUCUGUGAAAUAGUACGGUCAUGCAAUGGGUUAAAAUAUCUAGGAAUUAGUGGGUAUCGGAAUCAUGUCACUGAUAGAAUUGUACAUGAUAUUGCACGACCCCAUCCUAACCUCCAAUCCAUAGAUAUUCGUUCUUCUAGUAGACUUACCAAUACUGCUAUUUAUACCCUUACAGAUUCAUGUCCAAAUCUGAGAAGUUUAAAACUCGAGUAUUGUGAUGGAAUAAAUGAUAUAGCUAUCAGAAAAGUUGCACAUUGUCGUUAUUUGAAACAUCUCGAACUCUAUAGUAUAAAGGCUCUUAAACUAGACCUUUUUGGAGCUCUGCAUAUAUCUGAUUCAUCAAUUUCCAAAAUUGCAAAAAUGUGUCCUAAUGUCAUAUAUCUUGAUCUUGGAUACGCUGACUUUAUUUUCGAUAGAACCCUUAAAAUUAUCACAGAGUAUUUACAUAGUCUAGAAUAUCUUAGCCUGAAAGGUUGUCGUAGAAUUAGUCAAAAAAUAAUAGACAUAUUAUUUUCUGAUCUCGAAAUAGGCGGGUAUUACUCAUUACCACUUGGGCGGUAA